ACCCAAUAUAGGCCCCACCACCUCUAAAGAAUCCAAUGCGCAUCACAUCUAUAAAAUGGCACCAGAAGCAUCAACUCAAGCCCAACUCAUUUGAGACUCGACGAUUCCGAGCAAAACAAGCUGCCAUGAGCUUCUUGCACCACCACCACCACCACCAAGGCCCCCCGGCCAAUCCACCGCCGCCUCGCCCCGCCCCUUUUGACGGCGAAACGAUCCGCAACCCCACCGUCAGAAUCUUCACUAAAGCAGAAGAAAACUAUUCUCUCACCGUCCGCGACGGCACCGUCGUCCUUGCUCCGACGAACCCCCGCGACGAAUUCCAGCACUGGUACAAGGAUUUCCGCUGGGGCUCCCAGGUCAAGGACGAAGAAGGUCUUCCUGCCUUUGCCCUCGUCAAUAAAGCCACCGGUUUAGCCAUCAAGCACUCUCUUGGCCCAACCCAUCCUGUUCGUCUGAUACCUUUCAAUCCCGAUUACCUGGACGAAUCCAUACUGUGGACUGAGAGUCAUGACAUUGGAGAGGGCUAUCGCUGCAUCAGAAUGGUGAACAAUAUCCGGCUUAACUUCGACGCCUUCAAUGGCGAUAAGGAACACGGCGGUGUUCACGACGGCACCACCAUCGUGCUCUGGGAAUGGCUCAAGGGGAAGAAUCAGAGCUGGAAGAUUGUUCCCUAUUACUAGAGGGAAGGCAAAGGACUCUGUUAUCUGUGAUUUGGGACCAAAUAUUAUAAUAAGAGUUGUUCCUGAGAAGGCUGGAUUUAGCUGCUAUUUCCUGGACUUUGAACUGAUCGUUGUGUUUUCUGAAUGAAUGUAUUUUGUAAUGGCUUUGUUAGUAAUAUGCCUUUUGAAGGCUUCGUGUGUUUCUGUCACCAUUUGAUCGUAUCGCGUAUGUUUGAGAAAAAAAAAUGAAUAAAUCAGGUAAUGUUUUCUAAUACAUACUGAACUGGAAAGACAUUAAUGUCA